AUGCAACUAACUUUAAAAAAUGCACUUCUCGCAUUCAUUUUGUACAAAUUCUAUCAUCGCAUGAAAAAUGUACUUUUAUCACUGCUUGGCGCACUGCUGAUCUCACUUAUCAGAGGAUUAAUUAGGCUUUCGAGUAAUUUGAAAAUGAAUGAUCUACUCAGGCUGAUCAGGAAAUAAAAAUUUGAAGUCCAGAAAGAAACUACUGUUAAUUCCAGUUGCUAAACUCAAGAUCAUAAAAAUCCAGGUCCUAAUGACUAGCUGUAGAACAAAGAAGAGGACAAAGAGAAUCAUGAUAAUUAAACAGGAAACUCUUCACUUUGUACAUAAAUGUAAUCGUAUAAUACUGAAAAAUCUCCUGAAGAACUGAACUCUAUUCCUCUCAAAUCUAUUGUUUUCAAGACUUAACAGUCAAGUUCUUUGAAAAGUAAUAGAGUGCUGAAGAGAAAAUUGACUAGUGAUCAUAUAUAUCACAGCCAACCUAGCUCUCUUGAUACGCUUGUUUAAUCAUACUAAGAACAGAAUGAGAAUAAGAGAAAUCAAGAUUUGGCUUUGAAAUAAUAAAAUAAAUAAGAAUCCAAUUAAUCAUCUCACAGGAUCAUCAAUGAUUCUCCUAAUCACUAAUAAGGAUAUAACAAAUAAAAUCAAUUUGUCAAAGAAAACAGCCCACAGAGUGCUUCAACUGUUGAACAUAACGAUACUAAGACUAGAUAAAGUUACAGUUCUAAUCGUAAAUUCAGCCGAUAGGAAUUUUUACCCAGAAGCAAGACUCAAUUCCUCAAAAUUAUAUAGGAGGAAACAGAUUGA